UUCCAAAGGAGGAGUUGUAGCUCCAUUGUAAGACGUUUAAUAGAACGAUUCUCGAAAGCAUUUUUUGACGUUGUCAGAUUUCUUUCUGAUUUAGUUCUUUUCCGGUAAAAAACGCAAAAAUGGGUCGCGUACGUACUAAAACAAUUAAAAAAGCUGCAAAAGUUAUCAUCGAGAAAUACUAUACUCGUCUAACUUUAGAUUUUCACACAAAUAAAAGAAUAUGUGAAGAAGUUGCUAUUAUUCCCACAAAACCCUUAAGAAACAAAAUUGCUGGGUAUGUCACACACGUAAUGGGACGCUUAAGGCAAUCACAAGUUCGUGGUAUAUCUAUUAAAUUACAAGAAGAAGAACGUGAACGUCGUGAUAAUUAUGUUCCAGCUGUAUCUGCUUUAGAGCAAGAUAUUAUUGAAGUUGAUCCAGAUACAAAAGAGAUGUUGAAAAUGUUAGAUUUCAACAAUAUUAGAGGUCUUCAACUUACCCAACCUGCAACUAAUAAUUUCAAUAGAAGAAAUUAAAAAAUAACAUGAUAUAAAUGAAGUGUAUUUAUUUAAAAUCAAUGAAUUGCAGUUCUUCUGCAGGUUUUUUUUUUAA